AUGGAUUAUUUAACUCUCCAAUACAAUGGUGAUAUUGAAUCAGUAUUUCAAAAAGACCCUGAUCUAAGAUGUUGUAGUUAUUUAGCUUACCCAGAAUCUGAAGAGUCAGUCUAUGGUGAUUCUGAAAUACAGCUUAAGCUUUGUAUUAUGGAAUUAUAUGAUUUUCUUCACAAUAAAUAUACUUUAUUGAAAUAUAAAAAUCAAGAUAACCAAGGUUUUCAAACUAAAGAGUUACUUAGUAUAAUCAGUGAGAUUUCUAGUAUUAUAUCAGUAUGUAUGGAGACUAAGAUAAAUAUUAAAGAUUCCAUAGAUGUACAAAAUAGCCAAGUACAAAGAUUAACUGAACAAAAAAGAAAUAUUGAGAGAAUAGGAGAGAGUGUAGGUGAUAAUAAUAUGUUGUUAGAUAUUGUAGACAAGAUUUCUUCUUCAAUUCAAAAUAAGUUGUUCUGUUUAUCAAAGAUAGUAAAUGUAGUGGACCAGAUUUCUCUGAAAAAACAAGAAAUUAAUAAUAUAGACUAUGGUUUAACUCCUUUGAGAAUUAAAUAUCCAUAUAUGACUGGAAUAUAUACACAGUUAAAUUAUAAUGAGCUAGCUUGGCCACAAACUACUUUUCAAUAUGAAGAAAAUAACAGCAUUAGUAGAGAAGCAGUGGAUAAGACUGGGAUAGCUUUAGGAAGUAUUAAGGAGUCUGCUACUGAAUACAAAAGUUGUGACAAAUAUAUAAAUGAACAAGGGUAUCGAAUUCUAGAAGAAGCUGAAAGGAAUGCAAGAAUUAAAUUAAGAAACAGAAAGAACUCAAAUUUAAAAGUUGGUUCAAAAGAUAGACUUACAGAAAAUAAAUACUAUAUAGUAAAGGAUUGCCAUUGCCAUAGUAAUCUUGAAAGAGAAACCAAAGAAGUUGCACAAACUUUUAUCAAUACACAUCAAGAGGAGUCAAAACCAGAACCAGAACCGGAACCAGAACCAGAGCCAGAACCAACUAUUUCUGAGAAGUUUUCUGGAGGAGCCACCAGGUUAAUUAUAGACACUAAAAGAAUCAGGGGAACCAAUGGUAAGUACCCUAUGCUUAGUAUAGAUGGAUGGGGAUUAAUUGAACAUCAUAAGGAAGAAAAGUUAGUAAGUUCUAAAUAUAAGUCGAAUUUAAAUGAUUUAGAUUCUGAGAAUGAACAUGAAUUAGACAACCAAAAAGAUAGUAAGGUAUUUAUUGACAGAAAAACAAAUAAAAGUAACAAGUUUAGCUUGAAUAAGAAUCUAACUGAGAGUGAUUCUUGUUUAAAUGACUGUAGUAGUGGAAAUACUAAUACAACUGAAACUACUUACUCCAAAAGAUAUACCAAAUUUAACGAGGGAAAUAUAAAUAAAAGAUGUGAUUCUUAUAAUGAAGAUAGUAGUAAUAGUGUUAGAAAGUUGAGAAACAAAUUUGAGAAAGACUCCAAAAGCCAUAGUGAGUGGGAAAUAGAAAGAGAAGAAACUGAUAUAGAGUUAUUAAAGGAAUUUGAAGACUGGGAAAAGAAAAAAGAGGAUAAAGAAAAACUAGAUAGAAAAAACAAGAAAAGUGGAAACAAAAUGACAUCUACAGAAUCAGGAAGAAGCAGAUUUAGGCUGGACUGCACAGGAUUAGGUAUGCCUAGCCAAUACACAAAUACUAGCAAUAGGCAGCUUUCAAAUUAUAGGGAUACAAUGUAUUCAACUAGCAGUUGGUUACCUCUUUCUAGGAAUACAGGUUUCAAUUACAACUUUUUAAAUUCUAAUUCAGAUAGGAAUUCCAAUAAACAACCUGGAACAGAGUAUAACCCAGCAGCAGAGUAUGCUAGGUUUUCAGAUGCAGUAGGAAAAGUAAUUAAUCCCAUAAUAGCUGAUGAAUCAUAUAGGGAUAAUGGUAAGAACAUAAUGAAUCCAAAAAAACUAUUCAAUGCGAAAUUUGGAACUUUAACAGAAGAUACUUUUAAAGAAAUUCAAGAGAAACUAAGAUUAAAGAUGGAAGGCUGGACAAUUCAUGGCUCAGGAUUGCAAGAUCCCAGAGCAAACCUAUUCUGGGACCCUGCUGUAAUGACAGCAGCAUCCACAGUCUCUCCAUUUUACACAAACAUGCCCUCUUCAAAUUCUCCAUUACUAACAAAUACUCUUAUCCCUGCAAGUAAUGGAAUAACUAAACGAUCUGGGUUUCUAGAAUCCAUUGGAAUAUCCAGGUUUUCAACACAUAAGAAUUUUAACAAGGGCGAAAAACCUGAUUUUAUCUUACACCCCUCUGAUUUACCAUCUACUUCUUCCUCUCCUAUAAACCCAAUUCUCCAGUCUACUUGCUCCUCCUCUUCAAGUCCCUUAAAAGGUGUCAAUUCUGAGACUUCACUUUCAAAAAACUCAAAAUCAAUCCCCAUAAAAAGCAUGAGAGAGCUUGCUAGAAGAAGAAACAGAUAA